AUGGUGAUAUUUGAAGGAUUAGUUGUAGUCCUUUUGCCCCAAGUGGUGUGCCUGACUCCCAAUGCUAAAUGCAGCAUCAGUGAGCCUCUGCCCUUUCUUCACCAACAGUAUGGACCUGGAGAUUUCAUUGUUGUAGGCAUUCUGUCUAAGGUCUACAUAUUCUAUACAGUGAUGGACUUCAGUGAAGCACCGUCUAGUAAUCUCUUUUAUGAAAUCCGCAAAUGCCAUUCAGGAUACAGUAAGAAAAAAGUAGAAUCAAAGCCCUUUUGCUGCUAUGAUUUUCUUCGAUGUCCUGAUGGGAAGAUUGCUAACCAGGAAGACAUGGAUGACUGUUUUCACUGUCCAGAGGAUCAGUACCCGAACAAUAGCCAAUAUCUAUGUCUCACAAAAGUUUUAACAUUCCUGAUGUAUGAAGAAAUUUGGGGGACUAUUUUAGCCAGCUCUGCUCUUUUCUGUUCUUUCAUUACAGCUGCAGUCCUCUGGAUUUUCAUUAAACAUCAGGAUACUCCUCUAGUUAAAGCCAAUAACCGAAACCUGACCUACACGCUCCUUGUUGCUUUCUUGCUGUCUUUCCUCUGUGCUUUGCUCUUCAUUGGCCAGCCAUCCAAGGUGACCUGUGUCCUCCGUCAAACCGCUUUUGGAGUUAUCUUCUCAGUGGCCAUUUCUUGUGUUUUAGCCAAAACUCUCAUUGUGGUUCUGGCUUUUAUGGCCACCAAGCCUGGGACCAAGGUCACCAAAUGGGUGGGGAAAAGACUUGCCAUGUCGGUAGUAUUUGGCUGCUCCUUUGUUCAAGCUGUGAUAUGCACUGUGUGGCUGACAACCUCUCCCCCAUUCCCAGAUGCUGACUUGACUUCAGUGGCAGAAGAAAUAGUUCUGGAAUGUAACGAAGGUUCCAACUUCAUGUUCUACUGUGUCCUGGGCUACCUGGGCUUCCUUGCCUUGGUUAGCUUCAUGGUGGCUUUCCUGGCAAGGAAAUUGCCUGAUGCUUUCAAUGAAGCCAAGUUUAUCACUUUCAGCAUGUUGGUCUUCUGCAGCGUUUGGUUGUCCUUUGUUCCAACAUACCUGAGCACAAGAGGAAAAUACAUGGUGGCUGUGGAGAUCUUCUCUAUCAUAGCCUCCAGUGUUGGGAUACUAAUUUGCAUCUUCUUCCCCAAAUGUUGUAUCAUUAUAUGGAGAUCUGAUCUAAACAAGAAAGAAAACCUACGAAUAAAAAACAGUAUAAGAAUAUAA